AUGACAGACUUCGGAGACUUUGCGAGCACAGAGGAUGAAGAGAUUGAGCUCGAUGAAUUUGCUGAGCCUUGGGAAAAGUAUGAUCGGAAGAUUCUCAAUGAAAGAUAUCUGAUUGAGCAUAAGCUCGGUUCUGGUGGUUUCUCGACGGUCUGGAUGGCCCUUGACCUCCAGGAAAAUAAAGAUGUUGCUGUCAAAGUCUUGUGCACUGGCGAUUACGGAGGCAUCGAGCUACGUAUACAAGAUGAGAUCGUUCAGAGCGUGCAGGACAGGUCCCACCUUGUGACAUAUUCAGAUACUUUUAUACUAAAGGGAAGCGAAGGUCACCAUAGGGUUAUGGUGUUUCCUUUGAUGGGGCCGUGUCUUGACCGUUAUACACUGACGAACUUAGCUAUAAGUACUCGCAUGUCAGCUGCGAAGCAAUUGCUACAGGCGUUGGAAGCUCUGCACAACGCUGGAAUUGUGCACUGCGAUCUGAGCGAGAGAAACUGCCUGACUGUUAAAUAUGAAUUGCUCACUUGGUUAUCAAAGAGAGCUAUCCAAGACGUCGAGCUCUGGAAGCCCGGAGAACUGGUGCGGCCCAUACAAGUCCCUGAAACUCUGUGUAUAGAAGAUUUCUAUCUCGCUGACUUCAGUCUGGCCAUGAAGGUCGGCGACCCUGUGGCUCAACCCGGUGAUCUAUCUCUGUGUUUCUGCUCCCCGGAGUGUCUCCACGGAGAAGCUCCAAGCUUUGUCUGCGACAUGUGGAGCUACAUGGUCAACUUUGUUGAACUUUACCAAGGGGGACGACCAUUCCAUGAUGGGUACAUAGGCGGAGUUUUGACGACUAUUACCGCCCGUCUGGGCCCGCUACCAGAGCAAUGGAAAGGCUCUUACAUCUAUGAUGAUUGCCUGGAUUCCUGGUACGACCAGAAUCGAACGCCCGAUAAGAAUAACACCCUCGCAUCAGGGCUUGCGCGCUAUCGACCCGAUGCCGACCCAGCUGAACGAGAACUUGUGCUCUCCGUCAUGCAGAAGGUAUUCCUAUACUCGCCCGAGGAGCGUCUGAAUGCGACGCAGCUUCUGGCCGAUCCUUCAUUCAAAGCUCUCAUGGCUCGGUAUGGUUGUUGAUGCUGUGAUAUGAAGUUGUGACCUGAUAGACUUUGCUCUUUAUUCUCGCGUCUCAGGCCUAGCACACUAGGGAUCUGAAUUCAAGGG